AUGGAUGGUUGUCAAAAUUUGAAAACAAUACAAUUUGGCUGUGAAGAGCUUGUAGAAUUAAACAUUCGGGGCAGUCCGGAGCUUGAAGAAUUGACAAUUUUUAGAGGCCCAAAUUGCCUGGAGAGGAUUAUAAUUGAUGGGUGUGGAAAGCUCAAAUGUCUUCAAGUGGAUGGUUGUCAAAAUUUAGAAAGUGUGUUAGGAAUAUUUAAUCUUGCAAAGCUUGUAGAAUUGGAAAUUUGUGGUUGUGGGAAGCAAGACUUUGAUCACUUGUGUCUCAGUGGUCUGAAGUGUCUCGAGAGGAUUAAAUUUGAUACACUUGUAAAGUUCAAAUAUUUUGAAUUGGAUGGUUGUCAAAUUUUGAAAUCAAUACAGUUUGGCUGUGAAGAGCUUGUAGAAUUUAGCAUUCGAGGCUGUCCGAAGGUUGAAGAAUUGCCAGUUUUUAGAGGGCCAAGUUUCUUGGAGAGGAUUAUAAUUGAUGGAUGUGAAAAGCUGAAAUGUCUUCAAGUGGAUGAUUGUCGAAAUUUGAAAACAAUACAGUUCGGCUGUGAAGAGCUUGUAGUAUUAAGCGUUCGGGGCUGUCCAGAGCUUGAAAACUUUCUCCUUUUUAGAGUCCCAAGUUGCUUAGAGAGGAUUAUAAUUGCUGGAUGUGGAAAGCUCAAAUGUCUUCAAGUGGAUGGUUGUUCAAUUUUGAAAAGUGUGUGCGGAAUAUAUAGUCUUGAAAAGCUUCUAGAAUUAGAAAUUUGUAGAUGUGGGAAGCAAGAGUUUGAUCACUUGUGUCUCAGUGAUCUGAAGUGUCUCGAGAGGAUUAAAUUUGAUACACAUGUAAAGGUGAAAUAUUUUGAAUUUGAUGGUUGUCAAAAUCUGAAAACAAUGCAGUUUGGUUUUAAAGAGCUUGUAGAAUUGACCAUUCGGGGCUGUCCAGAGCUUGAGAAAUUGCCAAUAAGAGGCCCAAGUUGCCUGGAGAGGAUUAUAAUUGAUGGAUGUGGAAAGCUCAAAGCUCUUCAAUUGAAUGGUUGUCAAAAUUUGAAGAGUGUGUUAGGACUAUCUAAUCUUGCAAAUCUUGUAGAACUGGAAAUUUGUGAUUGUGGGAAGCUAGAGUUUGAUCACUUGUGUCUCAGUUGUAUAAAGUGUCUCCAGAAAAUGACAUUCCAUAGAAAUGGAAAGGUGAAUUAUUUUGAAAUAGAAGGUUGUCAAAAUUUGAAAACAAUGCAGUUUGGCUGUGAAGAAGUUGUAGAAUUCAGCAUUAGGGGCUGUCCGAAGCUUGCGAAAUUACCAAUUUUCGCAGGUCCGAGUUGCCUGGAGAGGAUCAUAAUUGAUGAAUGUGGAAAGUUCGAACGUCUUCAAGUGGAUGGUUGUCAAAAUUUGAAAAGUGUGUCUGGUAACUUUGAGCUUAGGCAGUUGCAUAUUAUAAAUUGUCCUGAGCUUGAAGAGGUGCCGAAUCUUGACAGACUGCGCUAUUUGUGGAGGAUUAUAAUUCACAGCUGUGAGAAGCUCCAGAACAUAUCAGGUAUCGAAGAAUGGGAUGUAUCACACAAUAUGAGUCUCUGUUAUUGCAGCAAUGCACUAAUACGGAGUUCCAUUCGUAAGUUGAAGAAUGUGCAGCUAUUUUGUCCCGCAGUUUUGAUUGGAAGGGCAGUGGAUGGAGCAGAGUCAACUUCAAACCAAUUCUCUUUUUCUGAAUUUGAAACCUAUGCACUAACUAGUGGCGACAGGCCAAUGUAUGAAUUCAUUGUAUGCUUUGUGAUAAAGGUCGAUAGCUCUUCUCCGGUAGAAGAGGUGAAUAAAAUUUUCUACCCUAGAUUUCAGGUGCGACAAGGAGAACGGAUAAUUACAAUGGUGGUUAAUUUUAUGAACUACCAGUAUCGGCGAAUUGAAGAUAGUCUAAGGAAUUGUGGAAUAUUGAAGGGGGCUUUUUGCGUAAAAGGGAUUGGUGUGCAUGUGUUACGUGCAAUUGUUGAUAAGCUAUAUCAUUCAUAAAUGGAGUCGUCUUGGAAAUUGUUAAAAAGUAUUCAUUUUUAGUGAGAGCUGUCCAUAGAGGUUCAAACCUUCUGUUAUUUUCUUUGGUAUGGGGAACGGUCUACAGGCACUCCUCUCCAAUGUUCCCCGAACGCUUUGGAAUUAAUCGUGAAUUUAGCUCUUUUUGGUGAA